AUGGCGACCAUGGGCCCCGGUGCCACGUCCAACAACCCGCAUCUCCACCACUGGAAGUGCUGGUUCUGUGAGAACUGCUUCGUCGGAUUCUCGGGCAUUCUUCACCACUGGGAAGAAGGCAGGUGCGUCAAGUACGGCCGCAUCAGGGAGCUCGUCUUUGAGACUCCUGAAUACGCCUGGUGCGCCAACAAGAUCACUGAUCAAUUUCCCUUUUUUUGCUACACAUGCGGGGUCUAUUUCCAGCAGAUCUCCCAGGUAUACUACCAUGUUGAGAGGAGCAAUGAAUGCCAGCACCUCCUUCACCCUGACCAUUGCUUGGGCGCCUUGCAAAAAUUUAUCCUCGACUACUACCAUGCGUACGGUACGGAUACCGUCGACGACUUGAUGUGA